AUGUCUGAAGGGAACAGUGUUGGAGACUCUGUCCAUGGGAAACCCUCAGUGUUGUAUAGGUUUUUCACAUGGCUUGGACAGAUUCAUCAGUCCUGGCUGGACAAGUCUACCCCCUACACAGCUGUCCAGUGGGUCGUGACACUGGGUCUGAGUUUUGUCUACAUGAUUAGAGUUUACCUGUUACAGGGUUGGUACAUUGUGACCUAUGCCUUGGCAAUUUACCACCUAAACCUUUUCAUAGUGUUCCUUUCCCCCAAAGUGGACCCUUCCUUGAUGGAAGACUCAGAUGAUGGUCCUUCAUUACCAACCAAACAGAAUGCGGAGUUUCGUCCCCUCAUUCGAAGGCUUCCAGAAUUCAAAUUUUGGCAUACAGCUACGAAAGGCAUUCUUGUGGCUAUGGUCUGUACCUUCUUCGAGGCUUUUAACGUCCCAGUGUUCUGGCCAAUCCUGGUGAUGUACUUCAUCAUGCUUUUCUGUAUCACAACGAAGAGGCAAAUAAAGCACAUAAUUAAAUACCAGUACAUACCAUUCACACACGGAAAGAGGAGAUACAAAGGGAAGGAGGAUGUGGGCAAGACAUUUGCUAGUUAGAAGCUGGACUGAAUCUGUC